AUGUCCGCACGAGAAAAAUGUGAAUAUCAAAUGAAAGAAUUACAUCGAGAAAUUUUGGAAAAUGAAAACGAAAUACAAAAAAUUGAACGAGAAAUCGAACAAUUAAAAGAAAAAGGUGUUACUCGAUUGGAAGAAAAAAGACAACUUUUCCAAGAGACAAUCAAAAUUUUGCAACAAAAGCUCGAAGAAAUGACCGAAUCUGUUCGAAUAACUAAUGAAAAAUCGGAAAACAAUCAAAAGAAUCUCGUUAUUGCUGAAGAACAACUUAAUGCACUCGAUGUCGUAGGGAAAGCAUUGAAAGAGACCGAAGAGGAACUAAAAAAGACUCUCCAAGAUCUCGAAUAUCAACAUAUCGAUAAAGCGAAUGAAUUGAGCUGUAUGCAAGAAAAAUUACGUAUUCUAGAAGAUUUAAUUUAUCAAGCAGAUACAAAAAUGAAAACUCUCGAACAACAACAGAAACAACAAUCGACCGAACUCAAAUCUCUGCACAAUGAGCAAGAGAAACUCGAUGCGACUUUGGCCGAUUUCAUUAAUCAAAGUAAUGAACUGUGUGAGCACAUGGAUGAAGCAUUAUGA